AAGUCAUUGCCACUCGCAAAGUGCCAGAAAUCUCCUCACCCCUCUUAUCCAUUCACACAUGUUUAAUUACCUGAGCCAACCAUCCGCGUCGACUCACCGCAUCUCCCGUUUUUCAACUCUCUCCUCUUCCCCUCUCUCUCUCUCUCUCAUCUUCAUGGCUUCUCCUCCGAUUUUCUUUCUCCUUUUCUCUUUUUUUCUCUCUGCUGCAUAUGGUUUUCUUUCUCGUACUUCUGAUUUACAAAACUCCAUCUUUUUACCUGUAACCAAAGAUUCCUUGACUCACCAGUAUGUAACCAAGGUCCACCAUGGAACUCGACUUGUCCCAACCAGACUCGUCGUCGAUCUCGGCGGUCCGUUUCUCUGGAUUGAUCGUUCUUCUCCUUUUAUUUCCAAAUCAUCCUCUAUUCGCCUCAUCCCCAGUUGCUCCACAGAGUGUUUUAAAGCAAAAGCAGCUUCUUCUGAUCUGCGAACUCAGAGUUGCUUCUCCGGGAAAGACGACACUCCCUGUGAUCUCCUCCCGCGGAACGGCGUCGUCGGAGCGGAGACGAAAGGGGAGAUGGUGGAGGAUGUGAUAGUCUUUGGAUCUUCCGAUGGGUCUCGGGUAGGUCAAAUCUCGACGCUUGAGAAUUUUCUGUUCAGUUCGGCUCCGAGAUUUUUGUUGCAGGGGCUUGCCAGUGGGGCUUCGGGAAUGUUGGGUCUGGGAAGAACGCAGAUCUCGUUGCCGGCGCAGAUGGCAGACGUUAUUGGCCAUAGCCGGAGAUUUACUCUGUGUUUGUCGGAUUCAGACGGCGUCGUUUUGUUCGGCGACGGAUCUAAUGAAUCCAUUUUCGGAAGUGAGAUUUCCAGGUCGUUGACUUACACUCCCUUCGUCACUAACACCAUGGGGGCUUCUGGUUCUGGGACUGGUCAAUCUCCGGAUUAUCUCAUCGGAGUAAAAUCAAUCAAGAUCGACGGAAAGAGAUUAUCGCUCGACAAGUUAACAGUCGACGAACGAGGUGCAAAACUGAGCACGAUAGUCCCCUACACCACCAUGGAAAGCUCAAUCUACGCGACCUUCAUCAAGUCCUACAUGGAAGCCGCUGUUUCUUCAAACAUGCGGAAGGUGGACUCCGUUGCGCCAUUCGAGCUCUGCUUCAGCUCAGAAGGGGUUAGCAGAACAGAGCUGGGGCCAGCAGUGCCGAGCAUCGAUUUCGUGUUGCAGAGCGAGAUGGUUAAGUGGAGAGUUCACGGGAGGAACUCAAUGGUUCAGAUGGGUGAUGCCACCUUCACAAGUUCAAUGUCCUAUUCUUCCUCACAAUCACACAAAGAGUCACCAUCUUGA